AUGAGCUCCCUGAGCUUGCGGAGCAUUGCUCCUGCCUCAAAGGUUUCCCGCAUUUUGAGGGAUCAGAGACGCCUUUUCUCUUCUACAAGGCCUGCCGCCCGGGUCUGGACUGGUAACAACCCUUUGCGCGCUAAGGCUGCCAAUGGCUACAUCUCCGAGAAGUACCCUGUCAUUGACCACGAGUACGAUGCCGUCGUUGUUGGUGCCGGUGGUGCCGGUCUUCGUGCUGCCUUCGGUCUUGCCGAGGCCGGCUUCAACGUUGCCUGUGUCUCCAAGCUCUUCCCUACUAGAAGUCACACCGUCGCUGCCCAGGGUGGUAUCAACGCUGCUCUUGGAAACAUGCACGAGGAUGACUGGAGAUGGCACAUGUACGAUACCGUGAAGGGUUCAGAUUGGCUCGGUGACCAGGAUGCGAUUCACUACAUGACUCGCGAAGCUCCCGCCAGUGUCCGUGAAUUGGAGGGUUACGGUUGCCCCUUCUCUCGUACUGAGGAUGGCCGCAUUUACCAGCGUGCCUUUGGUGGUCAAUCCAAGGAUUUCGGCAAGGGUGGCCAGGCCUACCGUUGCGCUGCCGCCGCUGACCGUACCGGUCACGCUCUGCUGCACACUCUUUACGGCCAGUCUCUGCGCCACAACACUAACUACUUCAUCGAGUACUUCGCCCUUGAUCUCUUGAUGGAGGAUGGUGAGUGCCGCGGUAUCAUUGCUUACAACCAGGAGGAUGGUACUCUGCACCGUUUCAAGGCCCACCACACUGUCCUGGCCACCGGUGGUUACGGACGUGCCUACUUCUCCUGCACUUCUGCCCACACUUGCACUGGUGAUGGUAUGGCCAUGGUUGCCCGUGCUGGUCUCCCUAACCAGGAUCUGGAGUUCGUCCAGUUCCACCCCACUGGUAUCUAUGGUGCUGGUUGCUUGAUCACUGAGGGAUCCCGUGGUGAGGGUGGUUAUUUGCUCAACUCCGAGGGUGAGCGUUUCAUGGAGCGUUAUGCCCCUACCGCUAAGGAUCUGGCUUCCCGUGACGUUGUGUCUCGUUCCAUGACCCUUGAGAUUCGUGAGGGCCGUGGUGUCGGUCCCGACAAGGAUCACAUUUACCUGCAGCUUAGCCACUUGCCCGCUGAGCUCUUGCACGAGCGUCUGCCCGGUAUCUCCGAGACCGCCUCCAUUUUCGCCGGUGUCGAUGUCACCAAGCAGCCCAUUCCCGUCUUGCCCACCGUCCACUACAACAUGGGUGGUAUCCCUACCAAGUAUACCGGUGAGGUUCUGGGAGUUGAUGAGAACGGCAAGGACAAGGUUGUCCCUGGUCUGUACGCUUGCGGUGAGGCCGCCUGUGUAUCUGUCCACGGUGCUAACCGUCUGGGUGCCAACUCCCUGCUCGAUCUCAUUGUCUUCGGUCGUGCUGUUUCCCACACUGUCCGUGACCACGCUUCCCCUGGCGCUCCGCACAAGGAGCUGGCCUCCGAUGCCGGUGCCCAGUCAAUCAAGGACCUUGACUUUGCCCGUAACGCCGACGGUCCCAAGUCCACCUUUGAGGUCCGCAACGCUAUGCAGCGCGCCAUGCAGACUGAUGUCAGCGUGUUCCGUACCCAGGAGUCUUUGGAUGACGGUGUCAAGCGUGUUAACGAGAUUGACACCUGGUACGAGCAGGUUGGCACUAAGGACCGCAGCAUGAUCUGGAACUCUGACUUGGUCGAGACUCUUGAGCUCCGCAACUUGCUUACUUGCGCUACCCAAACCGCCACUGCCGCCGCUAACCGCAAGGAGUCCCGUGGCGCUCACGCCCGUGAGGACUUCCCUGACCGUGAUGACGAGAACUGGAUGAAGCACACUCUCACCUGGCAGAAGGAGGCCCACGGCAAGGUCGAGCUCGGCUACCGUGAGGUCAAGUCCCAGACUCUGGAUGAGAAUGAGUGCAAGCACGUGCCCCCCUUCAAGCGUGUCUACUAA